UUACGUUGACUACUCAGCAGUAAACAUGGCUGUGACACCGGCACGAAGGUCGUCUUUGUACGAUUUAGGCAUGUGGGCGGACCGGACUGCCCUCCAUGAAGCCGCAUCACAGGGUAGGGCUUUGCAGGUGAAACAGUUGAUAGAAAGUGAGGGAUCGGUCAACAUCGUGACGGUGGACAACAUCACUCCUCUGCACGAAGCCUGCUUGCAAGCGCAUCCGCAUUGUGCACGACUGCUGCUGGAAGCCGGAGCACAGGUGGAUGUGCGGAAUAUCCACGGGAGCACUCCCCUCUGCAACGCCUGCUCUUCUGGCAGUUUGGCAUGCGUCAAGCUGCUGUUGGAAUACGGGGCCAAAGUCAACCCGUCACUCACUGCUUUGACCGCGUCGCCCCUGCACGAGGCCUGCAUUCAAGGUAAUGCCGAAAUAGUCAGGUUGAUGAUAGCCAGCGGCGCUGAGCUGGAGGCAUAUGAUGUUCACUUCGGUCCACCUUUGCACAUCGCCUGUGCAAAAGCGCACUUGAACUGUGCCAGGGAACUACUGCUUGCAGGUGCCAAAGUGAACUCCAGGAAGUUUCACGAAACAGCCUUGCACCACGCGGCUCGACUCGACAAACCGGACAUGAUCGAGCUCCUGGUGGAUUUCGGAGCCAACGUGCACAGCACUGACAACCUGGGGAAAAAGCCGGUGGAGUACGCAACCCCUGCCUCUCCCGUGUACACCUGCCUCAGGUUUUAUGAAAGUAACCCUCUGAGCCUUCAGCACCUUUGUAGAAUUGCUGUGAGGGGGAUUCUUGGUACCAAGGCCUCAAAGGUCAUAGGCUGCUGGUCAGAGAGAACAGAGGUCCACAAGGCAGCAUCACUGGGUCAGGCUUCUCAGCUGCAGCAUCUCAUCCACAGCGGAGCGUCUGUCAAUAUUGUAGCCGUGGACUCCAUCACACCUCUGCACGAGGCCUGCCUUCAUGGACACACCAAGUGUGCCCGUCUGCUACUGGAUGCGGGAGCACAGGUGGAUGCAAGGAACGUGGAUGGCAGCACCCCCCUUUGUGAUGCCUGUUCUGUUGGCAGUUUGGACUGUGCGAGACUCUUACUGGAGUACGGUGCCAAGGUCAACCCUUCCCUGACAUCCCGCACUGCCUCACCCCUCCACGAGGCCUGCAUGGGAGGAAACUCUGACUGUGUGAAGCUUCUGAUUGCCGUGGGUGCUUGUCUAGAGGCAUAUGACCUUUACUACGGGACACCACUGCAUGUAGCUUGUGCCAACAAACACGCAAACUGCGUUAAAGAGCUACUCAAUGCAGGUGCCAACGUGAACGCUGCCCGGCUUCACGCGACGCCACUGCACCACGCUGCCAAAAGCAUGCGAGUGGAUAUGAUUGAGAUACUUGUGGAAUUUGGAGCCAACAUUUAUGCCAGAGAUAAACAUAACAAGAAACCUGUUGACUACCCGACACCAGGAUCUCCUGCUGCAGUCUGCUUGCGGUCUUAUGAGGCCACUCCCAUGAGCCUGCAGCAACUCAGCAGGUUGGCAGUACGUAGGAAGCUGGGCACCAAGGCUCUGAACGUCAUCGGUCACUUGCAGAUACCAAAACUCAUUAUCAGCUACCUCUGCUAUCAGUGAUUGACACGCGAAGAGGACUCAGAUGAUGGUCUUGUAUUAUUUAUUCAUGUACAAUGACAUGCACUUUUUUUUACCAGAUGUAUUAGUGAGCAUGAUGCAAGCACCAUAUAUGUCCUCAUGUUUUCUGUGGCCAUAAAUAAAGCACAAAACAUGUAGACCACAAUAAAGUACAUACACUGUAAAUGCUGUAAUUAUAGAGUUAAAAUUCUAGUUUAUUGACCUAAAUUGGAAGUAGGUACUUAUUGGAUAGAGGCUAAAUCAGCUUCAUUUGUAUUCAUCUGCAGUGCAUGAGAAAGUGGAAAGGAAAAUGUUACAUUCCGAGCAAAUAUGGAAGUGAGUCCUGUCUCGAUACGAGCUUCCGUUGGUGAGUAAUGGGCGAAAAACGCAUCCUCCAUUGACAUUGCAUGGUGGGAGUUGCAGUACAUAAGAAUGACCAGCAGGUGUCGGUAUUCGCCUGCGGUACAUUUAAUUGACCACCAGCAGGCCUCAAUUUUAGUGGGUUUGCAGGUCUAGCCACGCCCCCUUUCGAGCCAGACACUUGGUACACAGGUCAGCGGCCAGCCCCUGAUACACAUAUCAAAAAAUCAGGGUCCUGGAUCAAAGGGUCCGAGACUUCUGGGACAAAAGAGGGUUUUUUGGAGGGAAAGUAGUUUUUCACACCCUGCGAGGCCCAUAUUGACCCCAGCGACCGCACAUUUUUCAGUUUUUGUCUUUCCAGCCUCGUGAGACUCCAAUGAAAGAAAG